CUCUGCUCUGUUCCCUGCCGGCCACGAUGGAGGAAGAAGCUGGAGUGCUGAAGGAGGGCUUCCUCGUCAAACGGGGACAUGUUGUUCGUAACUGGAAAGUGAGAUGGUUCGUCCUGCUUCAGGAUAAGCUGCUGUAUUACAAAAUUGAAGGAGGCAAGAAGGAGCCUUCUCCAAAGGGCAGGAUCCUUUUGGAUGGCUGCACUAUUACUUGUCCAUGCCUGGAAUAUGAGAACAGACCGCUACUCAUCAAACUAAAGACAAAAACCAAUACAGACUAUUUCCUUGAAUGUUGCUCCAGGGAGGAACGUGACUCUUGGGCUUUGGACAUCACUGGAGCUAUUCAUGCUGGUCAUCCAGUACAGGUACAAGAACUUCACAGAAUGAAGAAUUCUUUCAAGCUGCUAGAAAAUAUCAGCCUCCACAAUAUAGUGGAGAGAAUGUAUGACAGCAGCACUGGAAUUAAGCUGACCCGCAAUUUGGAUCAAGGCAACAGAUAUAAAGAGACCUUCACAGGUUCUGCCCUGGUGGACUGGCUCAUCUCCAACAGCUUUGCUGUGUCCCGAUUCGAGGCCGUCACCUUGGCAUCCAUGCUGAUGGAUGAGAACUUCAUCAGGCCCGUGGGAGUGCGCAGCACCGAGGCCACGCGCUCCAGCGACCCCUCGGAGAAGUUUCUCGACGACUCCACCGCGCUGUACAUGUUUGCUGAGAGCAGUAAGAAAAAUACUAAUUCCAAGGAAGAGGUCCAUUUUAACAUCUCUGAAUUAAGCGGCACAAUUGUGAAGCAAGGAUUCUUAGUGAAACAGGGGCACAAGAGGAAAAACUGGAAGGUGAGAAAAUUUGUUUUGAGAGCUGAUCCUGCUUUUUUGCACUACUAUGAUCCCACCAAGGAAGAUAACAAGCCAGUAGGUGGAUUCUCUCUUCGUGGCUGUCUUGUCUCAGCUCUGGAGGACAAUGGAGUCCCAGCAGGAGUGAAGGGCAAUGUGCAAGGCAACCUUUUCAAAAUCAUCACCAAAAAUGACAUUCAUUAUUACAUCCAGGCCAGCUCCAAGGCAGAGCGAGUGCAGUGGAUUGAGGCAAUCAAACCGCUGACAUGAGUAAUGUGGACUCCACGCCAAAUGACAAACCACAUUUAUGACCAGCUUCCUGCUCUCAUUGUCUGGGAGUGUUGUUUUUCUUUUGAUAGUCAAUGUUCAUUAUUUGAAUCACCAUAGCACCUACCAGUUCCUGGCAGACCAUGCAGACCAAAUCAAGUAGAUCCAGAAUAAUUCCCCCAUCUUGAAUUUACCAUCUAACCAAGGGACCAGAACAGGUGGAUACAGACAAAUGUGGCUUUUCGAAGAAACAACAAGAUAUUCCAAGAUGGAAGAAAAGGAUCUUUUGUAUUCAGUCUAUGUCUGACAGAUCCAGGUUGUGCUUUAUCUUAAAGCAGAAUUGUCUUGCUCCUUUCCCCUUUAUAAAGGGGCUCAUAAACGUAGCUAGUUAAGGCUGAAACGUCUAAGUCAUGAAAGGUGCUGGUGUCUGAGGCUGCCUUCCUUGGCAUACCACACAAAUUUUGUGUUAAGCCACAACCCAGCUGCCAGGAUAAUAUGCAUUGCAAAACAAACAAGGGGUCUGUCUGUCCAUCCAUCUGCUCUACUAUUUAGUUCUCUGUUAGACUGGAA